GGGUCAUUUAUGCGCACGCAUACAUCUGCAACAAGCGACCAGUUCGUUCUUUGGUUGUGUAGCCAGAUCGUCUGAUCACUCGGCACAGUUAAUGUGGUGAACCGAUUGCUACACAUCGGCAAAUACUAAGCCACCACUACCAUGCAUGCGGAUGAAAUAACUGCACCUGAUACACGAGAGGAAAUCACGUCCUUUCCUAAUUACCCUGGGUAUAUUCGAGCGUGGACUGUGUUUAAACGUCGUGGUUUCAGUGCAAGUUGUGGUGCAGUAUGGAGGCAAGAUAUCGAGACAACAUUGAACAAAUUCUUGAAAACUGAGCCACCUCAAGACAUACGGGUUCUUUCAAUCGGACCCGGAAAUGGGACAAUGGAUGAACCACUGAUUGACACCCUAUCCAAUAUGACAACUAGUAAAGUUGUGUACUGUGCCAUAGAUCCUGAUAGUGCGUACCUGCAAGAGUUCAGAGAAUUGGCCGCUUCAAGAUCAGACGAUUGGAAAAACAUAGAGAUUGAAUUCAGGGUAGAAUCGAUGGAGGAAUACUCUGACGUCUGGGACAAAUGUGAGAAGAAAGACAAGUUCAAUCUCAUUUUUGCUUCCUAUGUUAUCUAUCAUUUUAGAGAUGCGAAAGCUACAUUGGUGAAGAUGAAUGAAAUGUUGGAAAAUAAUGGGAUUAUGUAUUUUAAGAUUGUCUCUGGUGGUUGGAGUAAGUUGAUGGCAUAUUGGAACAAAUUUUACUAUGACAGCUCAUGUAAAAUUAAUCGACAUAGUCCAGAAUUGGUGAAAAGUAUGAUCCUUGAUGUCAUGCCAAAUGCCAAACUACAAGUGUUGGAUCGUAAUGCCGAUGUUGACAUUACAGAGUGUUUCGAGGAGGGCUCAGAAAAUGGCAAGCUGAUGCUGGACUUCUUGAUGCAAAUGAAAGAUUUCAAAAGUGUGGCUUCACCAGAGAGAAGGGAUCAACUCAUCCAGUUUCUUAAAGACGAGUGUUGUGAAGCCAAAGGGGAUAGGAUUAUGUUAUCAUGUACAGAUCAGCAUGUAUAUUUCAUUAAAUGAACAAUAUCUGUAUCAAUAUCGGUAAUUCAGAUAAAAAUGCAAGUCAAUUUGUAGAAUAUCAUGUUACUCAUACAAUAUGAGAGAUCAUAUUUGUAAAUACCAGGGGUAAGCUACAACUGUUGAAUCAAUUUUGAUAAUUAGAAUAAAAUAUAACUAUCCAUACAUUU